UAGUACGCACUGACCAUCCCAAGACCAGUGGAAACAACUCAAUCUCUGAUGACAUCAACCAGCGAAUCUUCACUGUGACCAUGACAAGUCUUAGUCCUAGUGAUUCUGAUUAUUACUGGUGUAGUGUGGAGAUUAAGAAUGAGGGAGAUGAUGGGGCUAGACUGCAGAUAUCUGUUACUCCAGACUCCUCCAAUUCAGGUACUCCAGAACUCUAUGUGGACCAACAAGAGAUGACUGGAGUUGUAGGAGGGAGCGUCACCGUGCUCUGUUACUAUAGUUCAUAUGGAGGCAGCGGGAGGUGGUGCAGGAUGGGAGGCUCUUGUGUGGCUGUGGGAAGUUCUGGAGCUUUCGAUGGAACAGUUGUGAAGUUAGAGCAGAGAGAAACCUCCAACGGUUUUGUCUUAACGGUGACUAUGAGUGGAUUGAUGAUGGAGAACACUGGCUGGUACUGGUGUGAAAAGGGAGACCUACAGAUGCCUGUUCAUAUCACUGUCAAUCAACCAACCACAACACAGAGCACCACCACAACAACACAAGCUCCAACCUCUCACCAAACCUCACUAACCAGUGCUGAGUCUAACACUUCUCCACCCACAGUUACCCCUUCUGUUACAGACAGGGACAAUGUUGUAACUAAUGAGAACACAGAUGAGAAGCACCAGAGUUUACUGGAAGUCCUGUUCAUUCCUCUGAGCCUGUUGGUGGUGUUGAUAGCUGUUACCUUGGUCACAUGGAAGAUGUUGAGAAAACAUAAGGACAAGAAGGCAAAGGACCAACCAACAAACACCUCAGUACAGCCUGCUGACCCUGAGCAGGACAUUACCUACAGCACUGUGAGUCACAUCAGAGGAACAGCACAACAGGACCUAAACCCUGAGAGACAUGGUGACUUAUACAGCAAUGUGAUUCCUAUGCAGCACUGGACAGCACAAAGGCAGGACCCAUUUCCGGAUGAUGCAGUCACAUACAGCACCGUGGUCACCAAGAACAAGACCCAACCAAAUAACCAGCUUGUGGUCUACAGCACAGUGGCCCAACACCAGAGAUAUAGUAGGUCGCAAAGUACCAGACGAGAUGUUGGGGAAAAUACUGAAGGAUCUCAGUGUACUAGGGCAUCAGAACAAAAGUCUCCAGAUUGAGUAACAUAUAAAAUUAUUUUAUUUCUCACCUCCUGCCCCAACCCUUUGUCCUCAUUACUUUAUUGUUCUAUCUUGUUACUCUGCAUAUUUUAUAGACUAAAGGUCUUGUACUUAUAAUAAACU